UACGGUUUGGUCCAAUCUGCGUUUGCGUGCAGAUUUUAGACCCACGCUUUUUGGGUCUGGUUACAAACCAGACGUUUGUUUGGAUUUAUGUUGAAACUUACAGGGUUUUUGUUGUAAACUCACUGGACGAAGCGCACACAGACAAUAAGAAGAUGCCUUUUUCAAGAGGAAAGAAGCCGACGAUCAGCAAGAUCCCAAAGCUCCACGUUAAAAGCUCUGAGAAUGCGGUGGAUGGAACUCAUGUCAAGCGAUCAUCGUCUCCUCCUCAAGGGGCUCCUAGGAAGAGAACGGCGUUUAUAGACAUCACUAAUGCUGUGUCUCAGUGUUUUGUGACGCUUCAGUUCGAUGGUGAUGAUGAUGAUGAUGAUGUCAGGCGAGCUCACAAGAUUGAGUUUAGCAAUCCUAUGAAAAAGAAAGAACCAACCAAGAAGGUGCAAAAGAAGACCUCUGUGGCCACCAAGAAUGAGGCCAACCUAAAAAAGUUGGCCUCUGUCACUUCUGAGAGCCCAUGUGAGGAGCAGGAGAAGAACAAAUCCCCAGUAAAGAAACUGGAGGAGCCUCUUCCCAAAGCUCCCCUUCCUGCACACCUUCUGCCCCCACAGAUACCCCGAGAGUUUGACAUCGACUCAGACGCUUCGAAUGACCACACGCAGACACCGGAAUAUGCCAAAGACAUUUUUGAUUACCUGAAGAAAAGUGAGGAGAAAUUUGUGUUGCACAAUUACAUGGAAAGUCAGCUGAGUCUGAACCAGAGCAUGAGGGCAAUUUUGGUGGACUGGCUGGUCGAGGUCCAGGAGAAUUUUGAAUUGAAUCAUGAGACGCUGUAUCUGGCUGUGAAGAUGACUGAUCAUUAUCUGGCUGCGGCUCAGGCCAGCAGGGAGUCGCUCCAGCUCAUCGGCUCUACAGCCAUGCUGCUCGCCUGCAAGUUUGAGGAGCGGCUGCCGCCUUGUGUCGACGACUUCCUGUAUAUAUGUGAUGAUGCGUACAAGCGCGCUCAGCUCAUCACCAUGGAGGCCAGUAUCUUACAAGCGCUGAAGUUCGAUCUCAAUAUUCCUGUUCCAUAUCGAUUCUUACGAAGAUACGCCAAGUGUGUGAAUGCCGGUAUGGACACACUGACGCUGGCCCGGUUUGUCUGUGAGCUCAGUCUGCUCGAGAUGCAGUUUGUCCCCGUUCGAGCGUCUCUGCUGGCCUCGGCUUGUCUCCUCAUUGCCCUGGUAACCAAGGACCUGGGGGGAUGGACGCCAUGUCUGCAGUUCCACUCAGGCUAUAGUGUGGAGGAUCUGGCGCCCGUGGCUCGAAAGCUCCAGCACAUGCUGAACAGUCCAUCGGACAGCAAACUCGUUACUAUCCGCAGCAAAUACGCUCACAAGGUUUUCUUUGAAGUCGCUCAGCUGCCCGUCGUGAGCUCCGAGAAGCUUGAGAGGUUUCUGAAGUGAGCUUGAUGAGAGAAAAUGUAAUCUCUAACGCAUGUAAAUAUUUUGGGCAAGCCUGAGGUAACUGAGGUGACUGUGGCAAGGAAAAACUCUCAGAUCACAAAGGAAGAAACCUUGAGAAGAACCAGACUCAAAAGGGAACCUUAUCUUCAUUUGGGUGACUGUAGAGGGUGUGAUUUAUAAAUAUACAGUCUGACAAUUGUGUACUGAUGAGAAGGUUGUUGUCCUUAAAGACCACAUGUAUAGUUUGCAUCUCCUCUUUGAAUGUCCGAAUACUUCAUUACACGGAGGCCAACUGGAGCUGGUAGAUCUCUGGACGCCUCAGGAUCCUCACCGGUUUGGCCUCAUCUCACUGAAGGUCCAAAAUCUUCAUGACACGGAACACAACUGGAGCUGGUACAAUCUCUGGAUGCCACAGGAUGGGUCGAAAAAGAGAAGCAUCGCAGAGGAAUUAGCGUAGCAUAUUGUGUAUUUGAUCAGAUGUACAAGAGCACAAGAUUAUGGAAAGUAUUAUGUGUACGCCUGGACUAGAGAGAUAUGUCUUUAGUCUACAUUUAAUCUGGGAAAGUGUGUCUGAGCCCCGAACACUAUCAGGGAGACUAUUCCAAAAUUUGGGAGCUAAAUAUGAAAACGUUCUACCACCUUUAGUAGACAUUGAUAUUCUGGGAACUACCAGAAGUCCUGAGUUUUGUGAUAUCUUGAACUUGAAGGAUUGUAGUGCGUUAAAAUACUGAUUAGAUACAUGGGAGCUAAACCAAUUAGAGGCUUGUACGUAAGUAGCAGCAGUUUGUAAUCAAUUCUUAUCCCAGCCCUUGACAGCUGCCAGUAUAAAGAGAUAAUGUAUAUUAUGGCGUAUUUUGUACAUUUUAAGUGUACCAUAAACAAUAUAUUUAGCAAGUAAAACCCAAUACAAUGUGUUUAUAUGCCUCUUAAUCCACUGCAACAUGCCACCAAAUUUUAAUGUAUUAAACUGUAUAAUGUAUUGAACGUCAGGAUUUAUCGGAACAUACUGUAUAAUUAGUUACUGUUUUCAGCUGCAUUAAUACAGCUACAUUCCUUAA